GGUGGGUUGCGCGCAGGCGCAGUGUGGGGGCUCGCAGCUAAGAUGGCGGCGGUGGGAUGGUUGCGUUGUCUGGUGCUGCUUCACUUUGCCGCCUCUCUGUGCUCCGCUCUUUAUUUCCACAUCGGGGAGACGGAGAAAAAAUGCUUCAUCGAGGAGAUACCCGAUGAGACCAUGGUCAUAGGUAAUUACAAAACACUGAUGUAUGACAAACAGAGGGAACAGUAUUUACCUUCGCCUCCAGGGCUAGGAAUGUUUGUGGAAGUGAAAGAUCCUGAUGAAAAGGUUAUUCUCUCACGACAAUAUGCUGCUGAGGGAAGAUUCACAUUCACCUCUCAUAUUCCAGGAGAACAUCAGAUCUGCCUGCAUUCUAAUUCCACCAAACUCUCCCUCUUUGCAUCAGGAGUGCUGCGGGUACACUUGGACAUCCAGGUUGGUGAACAUGCAAAUGAUUAUGUGGAGAUUGCAGCCAAGGACAAGCUCUCUGAGCUUCAGCUUCGAGUGAGGCAACUGAUUGAACAAGUGGAGCAAAUACAGAAAGAGCAGAACUACCAGCGAUAUCGUGAGGAACGAUUCCGGGGGACCAGUGAAAGCACCAAUCAACGGGUAUUAUGGUGGUCAAUCGUGCAAACACUGAUACUUAUUCUAACUGGCAUCUGGCAGAUGAGACACUUGAAAAGCUUCUUUGAGGCCAAGAAACUGGUGUAGGGCCUGAAUGCAAUGAUCUGUUCUUGAUUUGAUUUAAUACAGUACAAGGCUGAUUGGGCAAAAGCACAUUUUGUGUCACAAGUCAUGGCUCAUUGGAUUUUGCCAAAUACCACCCUCUUGUCCCCUCUAACCUCUGACAUGCAGUGCCUCCAAAUGGAACUUGGCAAGGAGCAACUGUUUUUUUUGCCAUUUUGGGUUUUUGAAAUAAGUCUUUGCUGUUUAAAAGGCAGCUGUGUCCAAGCCAGCAACAAAUGGUUGGAGUUAACUCUGUUAUGCUGCCUCUGGACUUCUAGUAUCUUGUCAAGCCACUGUAAAUGUUUCAUUUUUUCAAAGCUUUGUUAAUUGUUGACUAAUUUUAAUGUUUUUGAAAUUUUUAAGCAUUUGCAAUGUCCUGUGAACAUCCCCUUGAGACUUGCAUAAUGCAUCUUUUCUGAAACGUUUCACUUUAGCUAUGAUUUAUUGUGCAACACACGAGCCUCGCUAUAACCAAAUGUGACCAUGGAGAUGGGGGUAGACUUGUGAGAUCUUAUCGACUGUCUGGGCAACUAAACAAGAAUUGGAUUAUUUAUAACUUUCUGAGUGGAAUUGAAUUUGUCUAACUUGAGGGGACAUAGCUGAUGAAUUAAGGCUCUGGUUAGCUACUGUGCACAAAUAUAUUUUAUUGUACUGUCUACUCUGUAAUUGGGAAACCUUGCUUUCAUGUGAAAAUUGAGGAACAAUGUAGGAACCACCAUGUCGUUACUAUGACGGAUGUUCUAUUCAAACCCAUGUUUGAAAGGAGCGAAGUUACAUUUAUUGCACUGCAAUAAUAUCAGCAGCUGUAAAUAUCUGUAACAAGGUUUUGGUGGUGAUCAAGAAUCCAAUGGCACCCAGGCAGGAAUAGAAGCUAUAGGUAUUCCUCUGGCAAGUUAACUUUUCUGGCGGCCCAAUUAACAGAACAUGCAAAAUGUGCUGUUGACACAAAGUUUGGAUUUAGUUUUAAUAGAUUAAUGGAGAGUGGGUAGACAUUUCAUUGGAUUUCUGGGUUUAAUUGAUGGAUUUCUCCCUUUUUUCAGUGAAAUUAAUGUAGUGUUGCAACUUUUGCUGUUGCAAAUGAAGGGUGGGGUGUUUUCACUGGAUGGUAAGCAGACUAAUCUCCCCUCCCCCUGGGUUGCAUUCAUUAGGGUUUCCAGUUUGAGAAUCUGUUGGGCAGCAUAUUAGGUAGUGAAUCACUUGGGUCCGAUUAAUCCAGUGGAAGUAAGGUUUUCCCUGUGGUGUAGGAAAUGUUAAGCUAUCUGAGCUGCUUUGCACCCCUCAUUACAACUGGCAUAAAUGCAUUUGCUUAUUGUUUGUAAUAAUCCAGCUUGAUCAUUUACAUGGAUAGCCAAGUGUUGUGAUUAACACUUGUUGGUGACUUGGUGGUCUGUUGGUGGAUUAUUCAAGAGAAAGCACCAGAAAUGUGGUGCUCCAAAUUUAAACUGUUCCAAAAACCGAGGUAAUGGUUGCAGUUGAGGAGUAGUCUUCCUUGGAUUGUUGGCCUGAAAUCCCGCUGUUUCCAAAACCUAUGCCAUGAUUGAUCUAUUAUAAAUCAUGCUUGUUUCAUAAUUUUUGAAUCCUAGUUUGAAUCAAUCCUACAAUCCUCAACCCCAACCCUCAAUUAUAGGUUGAUACAUUAAAUGUUCAUAAAUGAAUGUUGUUUCUCCUUUUAAAUAAUUAAUUUUUCACUAAUUUCUCCCAAAGCUACUUUCCUGGCUUGGGAAUCUUGGAAGCAUACAUUUAUUACUAAAUCCAUGUGUAUUAAUCCAAUUGACUGUGACAGUCUUGACCCUGACCGUGGUCUUCAACUUCAACCCUCAUGGGGAAUGAAUGACCAAGGCUGUGAUGACUUCAGUGCUUCAAUGUUACAAGCAUUCUAGGGACGUACACCAAACUGAGCUUAUUUCAGGAGAGCUUGUAGAAAAUGGGGAAAUAAUUGAAGAAAAAGGUUCAUCCUAGAGAUGUGGCUAUCUGAAACAGUAAGGGAGACAUUAAUAGGUUUAUCCAAAUGUUGGACUAAAAAGUGUGAUUAAGGGUUCAAGAAUUUUACACUGGUUUUGCUGGGAAAAUGCUAUUGCAUUGCUACUGACAUGUUCUUUCAUCAAUUACACCAGUGAAGGAUUCUUGUUACAGGGACACUAUUUCAGUGUUUUGGAAGAGUGAAGGGUAGAUGGUUGAAGCCAUUAUUUGUGUCUUCUAUAUUUAGUUGGUUAUAAGUAGCAACAUUUGAUUAAGAACAGAUCUGAGUGCAGAACUUUCAAGUAGAGUUGAACAAAGCUUAAUUUAUUAAAUCAAAGAAAAGGUUUUAUGAUGAACCUUGGCAAGUUUGGCUUGAAUGCAAGAUCUUUUUGUUGCACGGAGCCAGUUUCUUACAAGGCGUUGAAAUACUGCCCUGAAUGUAAUGAUCUGCUCAUUCCCUUUGUUUUCCAUUUUAUGUCUCUACACCUCGAUCUUAAUUUGGAACUAAACAUUUUGUUUAGAGGUUUUCCUUGCUUAAAGAGAUUCCCUAUGUUGCGGUGAAUGGUUUGUAGUUAUGUUGACUGUGGAUCAUUUUUCAAUGUUCUCAUUUUUGAAAUAAACUAUUUCUAUCUUUGUU